UCAUCCCAUUUCUUCCCCACAACUUGUGGUCCGACCUCCCUUUCUUAUCGUAUUCAAGUUCAACUCCCUCAUCUUUUUCAUCACUAAACUUGGUCACAUCAAGCUUUAAUCUCACUGUUUUAUCCUUUUAGUCUCUCUUCUCCUCACUUCUCUUCCCUUCCCCACCUCAAAGAUUCCAAGGACAAUCAAAUCCAUGUGACUCGCCACCUGCCUAGCUCACUCCUUUUACUUUCUAUGCCAGACCCCUCCUUAUUUUUCCCUCUAUGUAGUUCAACCCUUGCGGUUCAACUUAGAAUAGCUUCCUUCUAGCUUCUUCAUUUGGUUACUACUUCAAACAAAGUCCAACAAUGCCAACGGUUCACUCUAGUCCGUAUUUGCAAAUGGACAAUCCGGCAAUACUGUCUUUGCUUCGGCCUACUCCCGGAGAGAAGCCCCGUAAGUCCAGUGGUGGUGGUCUCAUGCGUAUGUUCAACCGCUUCCCCAUGUUAACCUCAGGCUGCAAGAUGGUUGCACUGUUGGGUAGGCCUAGGAAGCCUUUACUCAAGGACAGUGCUACCACAGGUACGAUUUUUGGCUACCGUAAAGGCAGAGUUUGCUUAGCAAUACAGGAUGAUCCCCAUUGCGUGCCCAUGUUUGUCAUCGAGCUACCGAUGCUUGCCAGCUUGCUUCAAAAGGAAAUGGCGUCUGAUAUGGUCAGAAUAGCCCUGGAGAGUGAGACCCAGACUCACAAGAAGAAACUGCUGGAAGAGUUUGUGUGGGCGAUCUACUGUAAUGGAAGGAAAGUGGGUUACUCCAUCAGGAGGAAACAAUUGUCCGACGAUGAACUUCACGUUAUGCAGCUCUUGCGAGGCGUGUCGAUGGGUGCCGGGUUUUCAAUUGCUAUUCAAUGA